UACAUUCUGAUUUCAGAUGGAUGGAAACUUUUAUAAAUCUGACAAACAAACAACAGAACUUCUUAUGACUCUGAAGCGUAAGACUCAGUGAGAUAUUUUCAUAGCAGGUGUAUGCAGGUGCAGGCGGAGGGAGAUACCACCGACUCAGACUUAUCAGGCACCAUGUGAGCUGGAUUGCGACAUCAAUCGUAAAAUACAGCAGCGUCAGGUAAGAGUAAUCAAGGUUUGAGAGAUGUGUUCAGCUUAUCUGUGAGGCCGUCGUAUCUUUGAUGAUUUGAAUGCUGCACACCGCACUCCCCUCGCCCUCCUGCUCACAACGUCUACCACUCUACCUGUGUGGAGGCAGCAUUUCUUCACCUGAAGCCCAGGUGAGCUGAGCAGCACACCAAGCAUGGACUCUCUACGCACACCACAGACAAUGAAGGAUCCAAACAAAGGCUCAGAAGACAGCGAUGAGAGACGAGAAAGAGAUAGCAAAGAGGUGAAAACGAGCCCGGCUCAGUCAACUCUGGCUCUGGUUGAGGAGGAGCCGGAGGACGGGGACCCAUGGGACAUGCCAGAGCUGAAGGACACUGGGGUCCCGUGGUCAGCUCUGGACACAAAAGGGAAGGUGUUGCGAGUCUUCUUGUCCUUGGCGAAGUUGAUCAUGCUGCUGGGUUUCCUCUACAUGUUCAUCUGCUCUCUGGACAUCCUCAGCUCAGCUUUCCAGCUUGUUGGAGGAAAAGCCGCAGGUGACAUCUUUCAGGACAACUCAGUUCUGUCCAAUCCUCUCGCCGGUCUUGUCAUUGGUGUCCUGGUCACCCUGCUGGUCCAGAGCUCGUCCACCUCCUCCUCCAUUGUCGUCAGCAUGGUGUCCUCUGGAUUGCUUUCGGUCCAGCUGGCUGUUCCAAUCAUCAUGGGCACCAACAUCGGCACCUCUGUCACCAACACACUGGUUGCCAUGACGCAGGCUGGUGAUCGCAGCACCUUUCGCAGGGCUUUUGCAGGAGCCACAGUGCACGACUUCUUUAACUGGCUCUCUGUGCUGGUGCUGCUGCCUCUGGAGGUUGCUUCUGGUUAUCUGUACAAGGUCACCAAGCUCAUCAUCGACUCCUUCCAAAUCCAGACUGGAGAGGCCCCGGAACUGUUAAAUGUGAUCACUGACCCCCUGACCGACGCUAUUAUAGAGCUGGAUAAGUCUGUCAUUAGUCAGAUUGCCACGGGAGACCCAGAAGCCAGGAACAAGAGUCUCAUCAAGAAAUGGUGCCAAACCUUCACAAACACAACCGUAAUGAAUGUAACAGUUCCUGGACCAGAGAACUGCACAUCUCCGUCAUUCUGCUGGGAAGAUGGCAACUACACAUACACGCUGAAGAACAUUUCAGAGACAUUCAAUAUCCAGAAAUGUGCACAUCUCUUUGUGAAUGUAAAUCUCUCUGACCUGGCAGUGGGUCUGAUCCUGCUGGCUCUCUCUCUCUUGGUUCUCUGCUCCUGCCUCAUCCUGAUCGUGAAGCUGCUCAACUCCAUGCUGAAGGGACAGGUGGCUGGAGUCAUCAAGAAGAUCCUUAACACCGAUUUUCCUUUUCCAUUUGGAUGGGUCACGGGAUACAUCGCCAUCUUAGUUGGAGCUGGAAUGACCUUCAUUGUGCAGAGCAGCUCCGUUUUCACUUCUGCUAUAACCCCGCUUGUUGGUAUUGGUGUCAUCAGCAUAGAAAGAGCAUACCCACUGUCUUUGGGGUCAAACAUUGGCACGACCACCACAGCAAUCUUGGCAGCCAUGGCUAGUCCUGGAGACACACUGGCUAAUGCUCUACAGAUUGCCCUCGUGCACUUCUUAUUCAACAUCUCCGGCAUCAUUCUGUGGUAUCCCAUCCCUUUCACCCGCAUUCCCAUUCGGCUGGCUAAAGGUCUGGGAAACAUCACAGCCUCCUACCGCUGGUUUGCCGCAGUCUACAUCAUCUGCUGCUUCUUCGUUUUACCGCUCUUUGUCUUCAGCCUCUCGCUGGCUGGUUGGGAGGUGCUGGUGGGCGUGGGUGUACCUCUGAUCGUCAUGUUGAUCAUCAUCAUAGUGAUCAACGUACUGCAGAAAAAGAAGCCCGGGUGUCUGCCCGCAGUGCUGCGAUCCUGGGACUUCCUCCCUCUCUGGGCCCACUCCCUGGCUCCCUGGGACAAAGUGGUGGGUGUGUGCACGGCAAAAUGCUGCUGCUGCUGCAAAUGCUGCCAGGUCACCGCUGAUGACCAAGAACACAUAGAGAAACAAUCAGCAAACAACAACAAGAAACCAUCCACAGAGGUGUACGAUAACCCUGCAAUGAGUGCAGAGAAGGAGGUGGAGAAUGAGAUAAAGGUAGAGCUUCAGAUUCUGAAAAACAUCCGGCUUUAAUUUAUUAAUUUAAACUUAAUUUAUGAACAUAUAUGUGUGACAAUAUGAAAUGUGUAUUUGCCGGACCAAAGGGGAAACUGAUCAUAUUCAUGUUGGGAAUGGUUGUAUAGGGAAUUUCAAUUCUUAGUGUAUCAGGACAACAACAAGAAAAAACAGUUGUGUGAUGUUUAGAAGAAGUGGCCUUUAAAGGAUAAGACGGAUGGUAGACUAAUGUUGUUUUUUUAAUUUAUUGUCAACAAAUCUCAUGGAUAGACUCAAGCCAACAAUGUGUAAGUCGCUAUCUCUAAACUUUCUAACUUUUUCAUUCUCUGUCUGGUCUAUUUAUUUUCUCUUCACAUUCAGCUCAUGCAAAAGAUGUGACUAAAUCUUUAAAUCCACCCGAACACUGCAAUAUUUUCAGAAAAGGCAAAUUAAUUUCCCAAAGGAAGCUGAGCACAGCAACUGCCAGACAAGUUUGUUUAAAGCAAAAGAAAAUAGUUUAUUUAUUGGGCACACUUUUUAGCUUUGGAAUAUGACUAUUCUGCUGUGUAUUUAUGGAGGGAGUAAUUCGACCAGCUUAAUAUAAAUUACAUCAUAAUUGAGAAAAUGUCCCACUGGCAAUGGUGGGGCUCAUGAAGGAGUUGGUAACAUAGCCGGUAUAAAACAUGGACGUAGUGUUAGUGAUGUCACCUAUCGGUUUCUGAAGAGGAAUUAUGAAGCCCAAUGAUGGAAAUGCCAUAUUGGAAAUGUUUCGCCCACCGUACUUUCAAUUAAUCUAGAACAUUGGUUCAACCGGGUGUCCGGACUCCCUAGAGGAGGGCGUGAGGCUUUGUCGUCUCUGAGGUUGUGAAAAUAAGAUUUGCACAUAUUAACUAAAAUCAUGAUAACACACACUUACAUGGUAGCCUAUUCUGUCAGGAUUUUAUCUUUUUAUUUUUUAUUUGUUGCACUUCUGAAUUGGCUUCAUAUUUAACACCUGAGGUCGUCACUUAGUUUUAACCACUAGCCGAGUUAGCAGCUCCACCAUGAUGAAAGAGAUUCCUCUGCUCCAGUGUACUAUAACUUAAAGCUAAAAUUAAUCAUUAAUUUGAUUUAAGGUGAUAUUUCCCAUCCCUUAUUUAUUUAAUAAUAUUAUAAUUAUUUAUUUAUUAAACAAGGGCUUAUUUAAAGGAAGAAUGUGCAACUUUUUGAUCCAGUAGAUGUCGCCCUUGAGCACCAGCAUGAAACCAAAACAAACUGCUGUUUUGCGACCCCUCUGCUCUUCUGAAUCCUCCGCUCUCCUCCAGCAGCACACCUCCAACCUCUCAUAUUACUUAUCUGAUAAAGCACAAACUAGAUGUUUGUUCUGUAAUGUUGCGGUAAAUACCUGACAGUUGCUCUGUACAGUUUUUGAAAGAGGAGGCUGCAUUUUGAAAGCUCGUGCUGUUGGUCUUUAGCUUAUCUUCUACAUUAUGUUCAUCUGUAAUCUCUUCUGAAGAGGCCCUGGCAUCAACGCGACUUGAACUGCACAAAGAGUCAGUCGUGAUCCGAUCUGCUGACACGUUUUUGUUUUUAUCUUUCGAAGAAAAGAGUGGACAGACUCUCACGUUGUUUCCACAUUUCUAUCAGGUGUCAUUUUUGUGAAUUUUUACAGGGGACACGUUUCUGUGUAUAAAAGACAGUAAUCCGUAAAGCAUCGUUUUAAGGUGUACAAAAUAUUUUGUAAUUCAGAAGGAUAAUUGUAUUCAAGGAAUAUAAUUUAAAAUGAGAUGACUGUGCAUCUAACUGAAUGUUUUUAACUUGUGUAUUAUGUCUCAGAAAUACAUGAAUAAUUUCAAAAUAAAAGACUGAAAAUGG